CUAAAGAUAGUAAGAUCGACAGUAUAAAGGAAGGAAGAAAAAUAUUUGACAAACAGACUAAUAAUUCACCAUGAGCAAACGCACAGGUACGAAAAGGAAAGCAGCAGAAGCAGCCGAGACGAAGGCUAAGAGGGCCCGAGGGGAGACGGAUCUCAGUGACGGGCUAAAAUGGUCCCAACACGGAGAGGUGAUGAAAGGGGUGUGUCCUCUGAUGGCUUUAACGUCGCCAACCCUUCCAGGGUCAGAAAAAGUGGUGGGGUUUGACAUCGACUUCACUGUCAUUAAAACUGCAAGUGGAAGAAAGUUUGCACAAGGGUCUAGUGACUGGGAGUGGUGGGAUGAAUGUGUCCCUCAGAAGCUGAGGGAUCUUAAUGCCCAAGGUUACAGAGUGAUUUUCUUCACCAAUCAGGCAGGCAUAGAAAAACUCAAAGCCAAACCAGAAGACAUCAUGAAGAAGGUGGAGGACAUGAUUGCAGAGCUGGCCAUCCCAGUACUGUGUUUUGUGUGUACUGGAAACAACCAUUAUAGAAAACCCAGCACAGCUAUGUGGGACUUCUUUGUAGAAAAUGCAAAUGGAGGUGUGAAAGUUGAUCUGAGUAAGUGUAAGUAUGUAGGAGAUGCUGCUGGCAGAGCAAAGGACUGGGCCCCAGGGAAACCCAAAGAUUUCUCCUGUAGUGACCGCAAGUUUGCAGCCAAUAUUGGUAUAGGUUUUGCCACCCCAGAGGAGUUUUUCCUUGGUGAGAAACCUCCACCAUUUGAGUGGGGCUGUCCAGAUCCAAACCAGUAUCUAAAGAACAACAAACCUCCACCAGGGAGCAAGGACUUUAUAGCCAAGACCCAAGAACUAGUGAUGAUGGUCGGUUGUCCGGCGUCUGGAAAAAGCACAUUUAGGAAGAGGUAUUUUGAGCCCCAUGGUUACACAGCGAUAAACAGGGAUACCUUAGGAACCAUGGACAAGUGCUUAAAGGCUUGUAAAGAAGCUCUUUCUAAAGGAAAGAGUGUGAUUGUUGAUAACACGAACCCAAGAGAAGAUGCCAGGCAACCCUUUACCCAGUUAGCAAAGAAACAAGGUAUACAGUGUCGAUGUUUUGUGAUGAAUACACCAGUGGAACUUGCCAAGCAUAUGAACUAUGUCCGACAAAAUCAGACCAAUGGAGAGGUGCGGAGAAUACCAGAGGUGGGCUACAAUGUGUAUAAAAAGGGAUUCAGUGCUCCAACAAAGAAAGAGGGAUUCUCUGACAUAGUGCAGAUUGAUUUUAUUCCCAAGUUUGAUUCCAAGAGUGACGAAACUUUGUUCAAGCAGUGGACAAGUGUGGAGCGCUGAAGUUUUCUGUUAAAAAUUGUGAAUUUCAUUGUAACUAAAACACAGUCAAGUGGAACUACACUUCAGUAUAGCACACUUUCUUUAAGGACAAAAAUUAUUCAAUAUGUGUUGCUCAAUCCCGGCCCUAUAGGUCACAUCCCCAUUUAUAAAAAGUGUUCCUUUUCAGGAUAUGGGAAUUUUGGGAAGUUUUCUGUUAAAAAUUGUAAAUUGCAUUGUAAUAGUCAAGUGGAACUACAUGUACACUUCAGUAUAGCACACUUUUUUCAAGGACAAGAAUUAUUCACUCUGUGAAACUCAACCGUGGCCCUAUAGGUCAGAUCCCCAUUUAUAAAAGAAGUGUUCCUUUUCAGGAUAUGGGAAUAACUACACAAUUUAUGAAGUCAUAAUACAUUAACUAGUGAGAGAGUUGCAUCAUGUACGAGAGAUAUGCAGUCACAAAGGGCACCUGAGCAGUUCUGAUUUUUUUCAGAAAUUCACAGGGCCAAAAAAACCCAUUGUGAACCUUGCUCUUGGCGUGCUCAAAAUUUAGUACAAUCUCCAUCAACUGGUCAGCAAGCUUCUACAUGUUUUGUUCUAAUCAUACAUUAAUUAAUCAAAUACAGUUGAACUUCAUUAUUUCAAACUUUGAUAUUUCAAAUACCCUGGAUAUGUUGAAGUGAUGUUUAAGUCUGAACUGCUUUUUCUUAAUGUAUUUUAAUCUCGAUAUCUUAAAUCAUUGGAUAUAUGUUUUUCUUCAUCCCUUCAGGUUUGAGAUAAUGGGGUUCGUCUGAUAAAUCAGUGUAAAACAUAUCAUUGACAAGCAUUUUUACCCGAAUAUAUGGACACAAUUUUACCUUUUUAAUGUAUUGUUUUUAUAUACAUGUAUUAAUCACGAGUUUACCUCAGUAUCCAGUGGAUAUCAUUGAAUAAAUUGUUUAUAUUCCA